AAUCCCUGAAGGUAUGUUGCGGGAAAAGAAGGGUCUUUGACAGAGGAACUCAGUCCGAGUACUGAGUAUUUUGCAGUCCUUUUAUCUUAAGCAGUGCGAACCACACACAUUUCAUUUGGCCGAAGGAAACAUUAUCGCAAGUUGUCAAACAUAGUGUACGCCAAACCAUAAUGGGGAAGAAAAUUAAAAAAGAAGCUGAGCCUCCUCCAAAAGAUGUGUUCGACCCAUUAUCCAUCGAAAGCAAAAAGGCGGCAACAGCUGUGUUAAUGCUUCAGUCUCCAGAAGAAGAGAUUUUAAUCAAAUCCUGUGAAGCUUUAUACAAAUUUGCACAAAAAGGAGAUGAAAAUAAAGUGACGCUUCUUGGACUUGGCGCAAUGGAAUCUAUUGCAAAACUUAUCUCACAUGAAGACAAAGUAGUCCGCAGAAAUGCCACAAUGGUGUGUGGUGUCAUGGCUGCCAACAAUGAUGUCAGAAAAUUGCUUCGAAAGUUGGAUAUCAUACCUUCACUAAUUGCUCGUCUCGCACCAGAAGAAGAGAUAGUGAUUCAUGAAUUUGCCACACUUUGCCUUUCUUAUAUGGCUAACGAAUAUACCAGUAAAGAUCAAAUAUUUGAACUGAAUUGCUUAGAAUCCAUCAUCCGACUUUUCAGCAGCAAUGAUCCUGAUGUUAAGAAAAACGCUGUUGAGUGCAUCUAUCUCCUUGUACAGGACUUCCAGAAUCGCUCAGCAGUUUGCGACUUGAAUGCUAUUCCGCCAUUGCUGGAGCUUCUAAAGUCGGAGUACCCCAUUAUCCAGCUAUUAGCCCUUAAAACCCUCAGCACUUUGAGCUGUGAAGAAGAAGCUAGGAUAAUUAUGCAAGAAAAACAAGCAUUGGAUCACCUGCUAAAAAUCUUAGAAGCAAAGGAGCUUAACGACUUACACGUGGAAGCACUUCUGGUUAUUGCCAAUUGUCUUGACGAUGUUGAGACCGUACAAGCUCUUCAGCAAUCAGGAGGACUUAAGAGAAUACUGACCUUUGCUGAAUCAUCUCCACUGCCUGACAUACAGAAGAAUGCUGCUAAAGCUAUGGCUAAGGCAGCUCGCAAUGAUGAGAUUAGGAGAUUCUUCCAUGAACAAGAAGCUGAAACAUCUCUGGUCAAGAUGCUGGCCAAUGAGAACGACGGUGUCAAGGCUGCAGCUCUACUCGCUAUUUCUGUUAUGUGUGAAAACAUGGCGAGCAAAGAGAUCUUGAAUAGAAACGGGAUAUCUCAGAUAGUUGCUUUGUUGAACCGAGAAAAUGACGGAGUUAAGGAGGCAGCAGCGUUUGCCUUGGCCAAUCUCACCACUGCAUAUCCAAACAAUGCCAGAGCUGUAGCAGAAGCAGAUGGUGUUAAUGCCUUGAUUAAUCUUCUGUCGGAUAAAAAAGAAGACCCUGUAACAAACGCGUGUACUGUACUAAUUAAUAUGGCUACCCAGGAACCUCUACGAUCCAUUAUUCAAACCCAUGGUGUAAUGCAUGCUCUUGUCGAACCUUUGCGCUCUGCUAACAAUAUGGUGCUCAGCAAAGCUACCCUCACUGUUGCAGCAUUUGCAUGUGAUGGAGACUCAAGAACAGAGUUCAGAAACGCAGGUGGAUUAGAACCUCUUGUGAAACUUCUUUCCUCCAAUCACGAUGAAGUCAGGAGAAAUGCAUGCUGGGCUCUUGCUGUAUGUGCUAAUGACGAACUCACAGCCGUGGAACUGUGCAAAUUAGGGGCACUGGACAUUCUCCAAGAUCUGAACCUGUCAACGAGCCGAGGAAACCAUUUUAGUGAACUGGCAUACGACAAGCUACUAGAUAACAAUUUGUCUCUGAAGUACAGUCAGAAAGGAUGCUUGUCUUACAACAACCUCAUUAACGAUGGCUUUUAUGACCACGGACGGAUCAAACCAGAAGCAAAGCUGCUGUCUCUAGAAGAACUAUGCAAACAGCCACUGAAUCAAAACCGAGCUAUUAUUAUAGUCAAUUCGAGAUGUCCUGAGCUAGCCUCUGCUGUAUCACCUACCCCUGAUGAAGAGAAGCGAGAAUCAUCUUCUGAUUUAUCACAAUCCUCUCGCAGCCUUAGUGCUUCUAAAGAAAAAGGAAGGGCCACUACUUCAUCUCCUGUAGAAGAAAAGCCUGUUUCUGCUGGACGAUCUCCUUCACUCAGUAGAGGUGGUUCUAAGGACAAGCCUCCAAGCCGGGGAAGAGUCAAGGGGAAGAAGGAAGAAGAGAAGCCAAGGGAAGAAGGUGAAGUAAAAGUCCCAGAACCUGUGGUCAUGAAGCAAGAGUGGUCUCCGCCAUAUGAUGAAGAGUUAAGCAACUACAUCAUGGAAGCUUCAAAAACAAUUCUUCCUCUUACUUCUGUCAAAGAGAGAGUUGUGGCUUUAGCUCAGUUUGUUGCCGAGAAGAUGGGGGGCCCUAUUGACAAAGAUCGGCUGCAUGAAUUCAACUGGGAACUGCAUAUGAGUGAUCUUAAAAUUCAGACGCAGAGCAAUGUUAUACAAAUUGGCAAAAUUAAAAAAGGGACCUUCUAUCAUCGAGCAUUGCUCUUUAAGGUAAUCGCAGAUCGAAUUGGCAUUGGUUGUUGUCUUAUCCGUGGAGAUUACGGCCGGGCUUGGAAUGAAGUAAGGUUACUUGAUGCAGCUCACCAAGAAGGAACUCGAAUGAGUCCUCCGACUACAUACAUUGUUGACCUAAUGUUUCAUCCAGGCUCUUUACUGAAGGACAACAGUGCAGAAGCUGACCGAUAUAAAUACAUUUAAUAAAAAUGUCUCUGUAGACUUGAAUAAAAUCGCACUAAUUUAAACAUGUAUUAUUUACAUCAUAUUUGUGUUAUUUCCUCUUUCUAUAUCAU